CUGCAGAACUACGGUAUUUUCAAUACUUCAGCCGAGAAAAUGUUCAAUAAACAUUAGAUAAUGCAUCGCAGCUUGGAACUUGUUGAGACCAAAAAACUGUAAAUCGCUAAUUGAGAAACGAUAUGUGUAUUUAUAUAUUUACAAUGCAAUACAAGAGCCGAGAAAGUUGUCAAAGCGCAGCAUUUGAUCAGCUUGCCACUUAACAAUGGUAACAUUUUUGGCAUCAAACUUCGGUUUAAGAAGUUUUCACACAAAGUUAUUUUCAACUAAUAAAAAAUAGUUUCAUUCUAAAAAUUAUCGGACUUUUUGGCCAGUUGCUUUCUUAAGAAAAUAAAUCUUUUCAUUCUUUGCCGAAAAAUAAUAUUAUAAAAAUAUUUACAACUUUCUAAAUUAAUAAAAUUUGAAAUUGAGUUAGAAUGACUGAUGUUGUGACACUUCCUGACCUGGGGGCCAAUGUGGACCAAUUUUUCCUCAUCAUUUGUGGUAUGAUCGUGUACCUCAUGCAAAUGGGAUUCGGGUUUCUUGAAGCGGGAUCCGUCCGCAGCAAAAACGUUACGAACAUCCUAAUGAAAAACAUGCUGGAUUCGGCAAUUGGAGCUCUCAGCUACUGGCUUCUCGGCUGGGCGUUCGCCUAUGGAAAGGACGGAAACGCUUUCAUUGGCUACAGUAACUUUCUGCUAAUUGACAAAGCAGAGACGGAGUCAGCCUCGUGGUUUUUCCAGUACGUGUUCGCCGCAACUGCGGCUACAAUAGUGUCAGGAGCGAUGGCAGAGAGAACCAACUUCAUAGCCUACAUUUGCUAUUGCAUCACACUCACAGCUUUCGUAUACCCCAUCGCAACACACUGGGUUUGGAAUUCUAGAGGUUGGCUGGCGGCCGAAUGCUGGUGGGACAAUGUCGCUUUCAUGGACUUUGCGGGAAGCUCAGUUGUCCAUUGCCUCGGUGGAACUGCAGCAUUGGUGGGAGCAAUUUGUGUCGGAAGACGAAAGGACCUGUGGAAUCCCGUUUCCGAGAGAUACGAACGAAUUAAGGGACACUCAGUGCCCAUGUGCACUCUUGGAGGCUUUGUCCUCAUCUUUGGAUUCUUCGCGUUCAACGGAGGAUCCCAAUUGUCCAUGUCGCAUCCAGGCGACGGUGCCGCAUUCGGGAAGUCCGUGAAAAACACAGCUCUAGGAGGUUUGGCUGCUGGUCUAAUCGCAGUCGUCAUCAACUACUUUUUCCACGAAAGGAAGUUCAGUCUACUAACCUGCAUCAACGCCAACUUGACUGGCAUGGUCGCCAUGUGCGCAGGGUGCAACGUUGUAGAAGAAUGGGCCGCCAUUGUCAUCGGUUUGAUUGCGGGACCUACCUUCCUGGCGUGGAGCACUCUCAUUUUCAAACUCAAAAUUGACGAUCCUCUGGAUUGUGUUGCUGUGCAUCUUGGGGGUGGCUUGUGGGGUAUUUUGGCAGCUCCCAUUUUCAACCAACACGUUGGAAUUUUGUACAACUGGGACGAAUUGGCUUUCCAGCAUUUCUUCUGGAACCUCCUCGGAGUUGUUGUUAUCAUUGCAUGGACCGCGGCAACUUGCACCCCAUUGUUCUUACUGCUGAGAGUGCUGAAGGUUCUCAGAGUUCCUGAAGUGGAAGAAGACACUGGCUUAGACGUCGAGUGUCAAGGAGAGGUCGCAUACCCUUCUGUCGCAUAUGAAAAAUCCCCUCAUGGUGACAUCCCCUACAAGCCCAAAGAAGACCCUAAGAAAAACGGCCAGGCUCCUGAAAAAGCUUGAAUGAACUGAAAAAAAAAAAACAAUAAUAGUUGAGAGGUUGAUCAUUGAUAAAUAAACUGUCGCGCUUUAUUGAUUAUAGUUUUUCUUUUUUUUUCUACAAUAAACUACUUGCUAGCCUGUUUUUAAGAGGA